AUGCUCUCUCAGUCAACAGGUCGUCCGUUCUUGCGUUCGUGGGGAGGUUUUCUCUGUUUGUUGUGGAGCCCUCUGAGCUUGGUCCUCGCAGCCACGAUACCCAAUUCCCACUCUUCACUAUAUAACUCUGAUUUGGACUCCCGAACUCUCGCAAGAGUGAGGGAGAGGCUUGAUUCGGUCGCUCGUGAUGUGUGAGUUCGGCGCCUGGCUCUCGCCCGCGUGAUGAAGGUGGUCCGAGCCCAAUACGUCGCAGACUGCGCAGAAUUCCCCCUUUCACAUGCCUACUGGAUCGCUCAUCCCACGCUACGACCCAACUCUUAUCUUUUCCCUCCCAGCUGGGUCUCCGGUACCCAAACCGAAGCUUAUCUCGAACUCGACCAUCCUCAACUCACCGUCUUCAACCCCUUUGCCGAAUCCUCCCGUAACUGGGGAAUACUCGAAUCAUCUUUCCCAAAUUCCUCCAAUCGGAUCGUUUUAAAUUGGUUGGAGAGGUUAGGUCCUGAUGAUAAGCAAUUCGCAGUGAUCAAAGGUGGCGCUGCGGGUGAUCCGGCGAGUUUGGGGUAUGCUUGGAUGAUCGCGCAGGCGACGACGAGGGAUGAACGGACGCAGGAGAGAUUGGAGAGGAUGAUCGAGGCUGAGGUGGAGUGGUUAUUGGAAAAAGUUCCGAGGACGACGGACGGAGCGAUCAGUCAUCGAAAGGAAGUGACGCAGCUUUGGUAAGUUCGAUCUGAUGAGCACAGUGCGGCGGGCGUUCUCCGGGCCGAGUGGGACGACUAAGUUUUGACUUUGCGAUAUCUUCGGUCGUUCGCAGGUCCGACUUCAUUUGUAAAUCUCCCAUCUCACCAAACCUACUGGUCUCCGCAAUUCCACAGCUAACGAUCUCCGGCCCAUCACAGACAUGGUACCCCCCUUCCUCGCCGCCCGCGGCAUCGCCACGUCCAACCACUCCCUCCUCCUCGAAUCCUACAGACAAAUCAAACUUUACCGUUCCCACCUCCAAGAUCCCUCGACCCAUCUCUGGAGACACGUUCGUUACGGGUCUUGGGAAGAUCCGAGUCUUUGGGCCACAGGUCGGUUCGGAGUCAUUGCCUCUUUCCUUGACUCAAAAGAGUUCGGUGAACUAGGUUUGAAAAGCGAGCUGAAAUGACGCCGUUGUCCGAUACCUAUAGGGAAUGCUUGGGCCGCCGCGGGGAUUACUCGAGUACUUGCUACAUUGACGAACUCAUUUCAUGCGGAGACGUAUUCGCAUGAGAUAAGGGACCUCGCUCUUUGGGCGAAUGAGAUCGUCGAAGCCGGAUUCGCGAGGGUUAAAGUAAGCUUUCCUCUCAAAGUCCUCGGAACCCUCUGUCUCACUGAAUAAGCUUUCAUCUCGAGUCGAGUACAGAAGGAUGGCCUUCUGCCCAAUCACCUCGACGAUCCGUACGACUUUUCCGACUCUGCCUCGAGCGCUCUUCUCGCCUCGACGACCUUUCGUCUCCAUCAACUCGGGAUGAUCAGGAAACCCUCGACAACGCUGGCGACAGCCGAAAAGAUCCGUUCCAAAAUCAACGACAAGAUCGACCCAAAGACAGGAUGGUUGAGAGGUUGCGUCGUGAGUACUUCAAGUCGAACGCGCACGCGAGAAUGCCUUUAUUAUUAUUUUUGGCUGCGCACUCACUCUUUCUUCCAUUUCCCGACUUGUUACCAGAAUCCCCUGAGUUGGUAUCAACGAACGGAUCAGAGUCCCGAAGCGCAGGCUUUCGUGAUCUUGCUUGAAGCCGCGUGGCGUGAUUCUCGGAUGAAACGCGAACGAAACUCGAUCGCUUCAAAGGAGAAGGGUUUUGGAAGUCAAGGUACGAAACACCCGUCACAGCGACAGGUAAGCAAGGGGCAAUGA